AAGACACGUCAGUGAAUCCAAGCCUCACGGUUCUCUUUCACCUGUGGGAGUCUGGGACUUGACCUUGAAAUCCAACAUGGCGGAUUCUGGAGCCGGAGACGAGCGUCAAAACUUUGUGCCAAAAGUUGAGCAGUUGCCGUUAAGUGGGAUCAUUCCAGCUAUUGAAGAAGCAAGACGACAAAGACCUCCUUUCGUACCAUCAGUUGGGCUCCCAAAUGUCAUUAGAACUCCACAGGAACUCAUGGUGGAGAGAGUGAUGGAAAAUUGUGCGUUCAAAUCAGUUUUGGCCGGAGUUGUGGGAUAUGGUCUUGGUGCUGUGUUUGGCUUGUUCACAGCUGGAAUGGACUCUUCCAUGCCAAACCCCAUGACUGGUGUCGCUGAUCAGUCUGCCAAGGCAAUCCUCAAAGACAUGAAGUCCCGUGCAGUGUCGUAUGGCAAAAAUUUUGGUGUUGUGGGCCUCAUGUUUUCUGGAACAGAAUGCCUCGUAGAAUCUUUUCGUGGGAAGAGUGACUGGAAAAAUGGAACACUUUCAGGUGGAAUCACUGGAGGGCUUAUUGGGCUCAGAGCUGGUGGAAAAGCAGCUGUCAUGGGUGCACUUGGAUUUGCAGCAUUUUCUACUGCUAUUGAUUACUACCUUAGAUGACCCAAGGAUUCAAAUUGUUGCCUUUCUACUAAAAAUCCAAAUAAUGUGUGGUGGAAGUGCAGAAACAAACAUUCCAUUCUGAAAGUCUUCCAAGUACACUUAUGACAAAUGUAACCACUGAUGGAUCAAGACUUUGAAGGAAGUAGGUGUCGACUUUGGAGAGCAUUUUCUCCAGGGAUAAUUCUCUUCAAACAAUUUUGUACCUUGGUUUUUCUGACAAAAAAGGAAGGGAAGAGGAUACCAGAGACGUUCACUCAGAUCUGGCAUUGCUAAUCAACUGGGACUGCUGUAAAGGGCAGAAAAUGGUAACCAGAUAACUGAUGAAUCUUGGAAGAUUUUGAAGAAAUGUGGAUCAGAUGACACGAGUAAAAAGAUGUUGGAAUGUUGAAGAUAACUUCACCGAAUGAUUCCUUUAUAGUAAUUUGGAGCAGUUUUCUCUUAAGUGUCCAAAGUAAUUCCCAUUCGCUUUGGUCUUGCAUUGCUGCUAUAAACUAUAAAACAUUGCUGCUAUAUGAGUCCCCCAGGGGACUCAUUUUAAAAGGAUGGGGUGCUUGUCGUACUUUUUACGGGUUAAAAAAGCAGUUUUGGUGCCUCUUGGGUGUUCAUCCUCAAAAGGUCCACAU